AUGGCUCAGAAACUACCUCCACGAACGGAACGCUUUCAUCGAAAUAAAGGGACAUCAAUCAAGGACGUUCCUACAGCACAAAGGCGUACCGCAAGGCUCAUGCAUUGGCCCGGUUCUCUUUAUUCUCUUCCACCACGAUCUAGUGAACGCAGUAGACAGCGUACACUCCAAGCAUCUUUACGCGGACGACAUGGCCGUGAUUUUCUCACCCUCCCCGUAUUGGUCCUCGAAAGUCACAAAUAUCCGACUGGCCAAGCAGGUGGAAAGAACGAUCAACAGCCUGCACAGGUACUCCAUCGAGUGGAAACAACCCAUGAACCUAAAGAAAACGUGCUGGACGCUUUUCCACCGCCAAAUAUCUCCAAAAAUCCCAACGGUCUAUUGUGGCAAUCACAAAAUCGAACAAAUACCCAAGUUCAAGCAUCUAUCCAGAAAUCGUAUGCUCACGGAACCGAUCGCCUUCAAGCUGUUUCAUGCCUUCGUCCGACCGCACUACCAAUCGCUACUGAACAUCUACCCAAUCUUAUCCCGCACAAAACAGGAGCAGCUCGAAGCUUUCAACCGAAGGAUGUUCCGCAUCACUUUGGACAUCGUAGUCGAACAUCUACAACACCAAAUGCACCUGCUCUACUUGCGCGAAUAUUACCAGAAUCCGGCUCUACGCGCCAAGAAACAAUUGAUUGUCCCAAAUGGAAGAACCCCAAACAGAAUCAAGAACCUGUUAGUAUCGAAUGCGAAAAGUCUCCUCGACCUGGCCUUCAAUUUCAAUUAAGCACAAAUCACAAAUCGACAACUGUCGUCUCUCCAAAUGGUUUUUUUUUGGAGCAAAAGGGACAAAUAGUCCUUGCUCAUCCCUACCUCUGCCUCUCUCUCUUUCUCUACUCUUCUUCGCGCAAGGUUGUUUAA